GCCCCAUCGCAGGGGCCAUGGGUCUCAGUCCUGCCUCAACCCCCCGCGAGCCCGCCCCAUCUGCCGCUUGACUGGAGGCCCAGGUGGUCAUCAUGGGUCAGUGCUACUACAAUGAAACCAUUGGCUUUUUCUACAAUAACAGUGGCAAGGAGCUCAGCUUUCAUUGGCGCCCCAAGGAUGUGGUAGUGGUGGCUCUGGGGCUGAUAGUCAGUGUACUGGUGUUGCUCACCAAUCUGCUGGUCAUUGCAGCCAUUGCCUCCAACCGGCGCUUCCACCAGCCCAUAUACUAUCUGCUCGGCAACUUGGCUGCUGCUGACCUCUUUGCCGGCAUGGCCUACCUCUUCCUCAUGUUCCAUACUGGCCCACGAACUGCCAGGCUCUCCAUCAAAGGCUGGUUCCUGCGACAAGGCCUGCUGGACACCAGCCUGACAGCAUCGGUGGCCACACUGCUGGCCAUCGCUGUAGAGCGGCACCGUAGUGUGAUGGCCGUGCAGCUACACAGCCGCCUGCCCAGGGGCCGUGUGGUCACACUCAUUGUGGGUGUGUGGGUGGCUGCCCUGGGCCUGGGGCUGCUGCCUGCACACUUCUGGCACUGUCUGUGUGACUUGGACAGGUGCUCACGAAUGGUGCCCCUGUUCAGCCGCUCAUACCUGGCUGUGUGGGCCCUGUCCAGCCUGCUCGUCUUCCUGCUCAUGGUAGCCGUCUACAUACGCAUUUUUUUCUAUGUGCGUAGACGGGUGGAACGAAUGGCAGAGCAUGUCAGCUGCCAUCCCAGAUACCGAGAGACGACACUCAGCCUAGUCAAGACUGUUGUCAUCAUCCUGGGGGCAUUCGUGGUGUGCUGGACACCGGGCCAGGUGGUGCUGCUCCUGGACGGUCUGGACUGUAAAUCCUGCAAUGUCCUGGCUGUGGAGAAGUACUUCCUACUACUGGCUGAGGCCAACUCACUGGUCAACGCAGUGGUGUACUCCUGCCGAGAUGCUGAGAUGCGCAGAACCUUCCGCCGCCUCCUAUGCUGUAUAUGCCUCCGCUGGUCUAACCACAAAUCUGCCCAUUACUCAUCUUCUGCCCGUACUGGCACCAGCACCCGAAUCAUGCUUCCUGAGAAUGGCCACCCUCUGAUGGACUCCACUCUUUAAGCUUCCUUGGACUGAGGCAGGAGACAGGCAGCAAAAGUGUCAUCUGUCUGUACCCACAGCCACUUGCAGUUCCCCUGACUGAAUCCAGCCCAGCAGAUGAAUGGUCUUUUAAUACUCCCUAGACCCAUGGAUCUGCCCACCUCAGGACACAGGGACUUGGGGAUAUCUCCAUGCACCUAGGAGAGCAUCUAAAGGGACUUGGCAGUCUGGAUCUCUGUCAUCUCAGGUUUUAGGUUUUAUUAACAGACAUUUUCAUAGUUUUACUGUAUGUCUCUGGUAUGUCCUGUGGAUUCUUUCUUCCUACAUGGUGCUGUAGGUGUUCAGAGUAGAAGAGGUGGGAGCUGUCCCAGGUUAGACC